AUGGCAACUGCUGCUGUCCAGCUUCCCCAAUCAGCCCCCACUUACUCUCCGCAAACCCUCCAAACCAGCGUCACACCUUCAGUGACUAAAGCGCAAGAUGUUGCCACUACCUUAAGGUUCUACAAGGACAAUGAAGACGGAUCACCCCCACACCCAUCCUACAUCAACCGCCCUGAGACCUAUGAUCGUCCAUUCCUAGAGUAUCCGGUUACUGUCCACGACGUCACCGGUCGUGAGAAAGAUUAUACCCUUGAUGGAAAUGGCUUUCAAUUUCAUCCGCACGUGAGCGUGGAGAAAGAUUUCGUAGACGAUGAGCAAAUCAAAGCUCAAUACUAUCCUGAGACGGAGGAGUUACUCAAGAACGUGCAAGUUGCCUAUAGAACUGGUGCAUCCAGAAUCUUCAUCUUCGACCAUACCAUCCGUCGCCAAGCGCCUGGUGACGAAGAGUCUCGGGUACGCCAACUUCGCGGCCCGGUUCAACGCGUGCAUAUUGAUCAGUCCUAUUCGGCUGCUCUUUCACGGGUUCCGCAUCACCUGCCCGAGGAAGCUGAGAAGCUGCUGAAGGGAAGGGUGCAAAUAAUCAACGUCUGGAGACCGAUUAAACCGGUGCAGAGAGAUCCAUUGGCGGUAGCCCAGGCUGAUACUGUAGACGACAAGGAUUUGGUGGUGACUGAGUUGAUAUAUCCGAAUCGAAGAGGAGAAACCUAUCAGGUCAGGUGGUUCUACAAGAAUGGACUCACACCCGAAGAAGUAUUGCUUAUCAAGUGCUUCGACUCCAAGCUCGAUGGAAGGGCGAGACGAGUUCCUCACACUGCAUUCCAUGUUCCCGGAACAGAGGAUAGGGAAAGCAGACAGAGUAUCGAGGUAAGAGCGCUAGUAUUCCAUGAGGAUGACACUUUAGAGUAG